AUGCCCACUUGCCUGCUGCUCAGCUCCUGCUGUACAGCUCAGUUCCGAACAGGCCAUGGACUGGUACCAGUCUGUGGCGUCGUUGUUGGGGACCCUGAUCCCUGCUCUGGCCAGAGUCCAACGGCGGCAGCAGCACUGAGGGACCCGCCUCAGGGUGGUGUGACCUUUGAGACCAUUGCCCUGACCUUCACCUGGAAGAAAUGGAAGCUUCUUGAUGUGGCUCAGAGAUGCCUGGUUCAUACAGGAGAAAGGCCUUAUGAGUGCAGUGAAUGUGGGAAAUCUUUUACUUCUAGCUCUGCCCUCCAUUAUCAUCAGAGAGUUCACACUGGAGAGAAGACUCAUAAAUGUGGGGAAUGUGGGAAGUCUUUUACCUCUAGCUCUGGUCUGCGUUAUCAUCAGAGAAUUCACACAGGAGAAAGGCCAUAUGAAUGUACUGAUUGUGGAAAGUCUUUUACCCAAAUAAAUCACCUCAUUAUACACCGAAGAAUUCACACAGGAGAAAGGCCUUAUGAGUGCAGUGAAUGUGGGAAAUCCUUUAGCCAUAAAUCUUACCUAUCUCAACACCAGAGAGUUCACACUGGAGAAAGGCCUUUUGAAUGUAAUGAAUGUGGGAAAUCUUUUACCUCUGGUUCUGCCCUCUGUUAUCAUCAGAGAGUUCACACAGGAGAAAAACCUUAUGAGUGCAGUGACUGUGGGAAAUCCUUUACCAAUGGACCAAUACUCAUCCGACACCGUAGAGUUCACACAGGAGAAAGGCCUUAUGAGUGCAAUGAGUGUGGAAAAUCCUUUACCCAAAGAAAUCAUCUCAACAUACACCAGAGAGUUCACACAGGAGAAAGGCCUUAUGAGUGCAGCGAAUGUGGAAAAUCUUUUACCUCUGGCUCUGCCCUUCGUUAUCAUCAGAAAAUUCACAUUGGAGAAAGGCCUUAUGAGUGCAGCGAAUGUGAGAAGUCUUUUACCUCUAACUCUGCCCUCCGUUGUCAUCAGAGAGUUCACACAGGAGAAAGACCUUUUGACUGCAGUGAAUGUGGGAAAUCUUUUAGAGAUAGUUCCCAGUUGAAUCAACACCAGAGGGUUCACACUGGAGAAAAGCCUUAUGAAUGUACGGAUUGUGGGAGAUCCUUUAGCCAGAAUUCAUACCUCUCUAAACACCGGAGAAGAGUUCACACUGGAGAACGACCUUAUAAGUGCAGUGACUGUGGGAAAUCUUUUACCAAUAGCUCAAUACUCGUUCGACAUCGGAGAGUUCACACAGGAGAAAGGCCUCAUGAAUGUAGUGAUUGUGGAAAAUCCUUUACCCAAAGAAUUCACCUCAUUAUUCACCGGAGAGUUCACACAGGAGAAAGGCCUUAUGAAUGCAGUGAAUGUGGGAAGUCUUUCACCUCUCGUUCCACCCUUCAUUAUCAUCAGAGAGUUCACACAGGAGAAAAGCCGUAUGACUGCCUCAAAUGUGGGAAGUCUUUUAGCCGAAAAUCUAACCUCUCUCAGCAUCAGAGAAUUCACACUGGAAAAAGGCCUUAGAUGUAUAAGAAAUGUAUAGUUUCCUUGUUCAGUGUAAUGACACUGGGCCAAACUGUGAGACACUAAUUGCCUCACAAAUCCAAACACCAAGAGUAAAGAGAUUCUUCAUCAUAAUUUCAGUUACGUGGGAAGCACAUGUAACUGUGUUGCACACUAAUCUGCUCUUGAUAGAUUUACAUCACUUCCAGUUUCCUUCGCCAUAUUCAUUUCACCUCUAAUCUGGCAGGUUUCCACAGUAUGCAUCAGUCACUACCCCAGCAUGCUCAGGGAAGUGUACUCUGUUCUCUCAUUUGUUGGAGGAAAUUAGCAUUAGCCUAAACCCUUGGGAUGUCUUCAUUCCCUUUCUGAGCAGCUUGUGCCUGGGCCUGAUGCAGUAUUGGCCCAGAGAACAUCAAGAGUUCAUCUGGCAGCUUGCAGAGGAGGACCACCAUUUUCAGGAACGUGUUGGUCUGAAGAUACUAGUGAUUAAUUUUUCUAGCUUUCAAGUCACCAAUUAAGAAUUGCCAGCCAUUGCUGGCAGAUCUGCCUGACCAUUGCUUUGGUUUGUACAGUAACAAAGAUGUUACUGUUUAAAUCCUCCUUAAUCUUGGACGUUCCAUUUACCAUGUCAUGUGUUUUAUAAACAGAAUUGGGCUCUACAAGCAUGAAGAGGUGUGCAACUUUCAUGGGGGUUUCAAACUUUCUGUGCUUCAGAGGAGACAAUACAGAGGCAGAAGUUAGCUUACUAGUUUUUGCCAAAUUUGCAUUUAUGCCCAUGGCCUCCUGUGAAAGA